GAGUGUAGCGGUCUCAACGGAAGCGCCAACGUGAGCAUGAGUUGAGGUAAACAUGGUCGACGAAGCCACGAAACGUACUCUUGCAAAGAUUCCUUUGCUAAAAACGAAGGCAGGACCCCGGGACGGCGAACAAUGGGUCUUACGACUGAAAGAAGAAUAUAUGUCAUUGAUUAAGUACGUUCAGAACAACAAGGAAUCUGACAACGACUGGUUCCGUCUAGAAUCCAACAAAGAGGGAACCCGUUGGUUUGGUCGAUGCUGGUACAUCCAUGAACUACUCAAAUAUGAGUUUGAUGUUGAAUUUGAUAUACCUGUUACAUACCCCACCACCGCCCCAGAAAUAGCAUUGCCAGAACUGGAUGGUAAAACUGCCAAAAUGUACAGAGGAGGGAAGAUUUGCCUGACUGACCACUUUAAGCCUCUAUGGGCCAGAAAUGUUUCCAAAUUUGGCAUUGCGCAUGCCAUGGCAUUAGGACUCGGGCCAUGGCUAGCAGUAGAGAUCCCCGACCUGAUCAGUAAAGGAGUUGUAACACACAAAGAAAAACAAGGAGAAGGGGCAGAAAACUGACACUAAUCUAGACUUCUAAUCAAUAAUGACAGGAUCAAACCGAUGGUUGUCAGUGAUUUGAUGUCUGGUUAUCAGCUAUACUCAUUCGUUAAAUUGAAAGAUCAACAAUUAUAAAAUACUGACUUGUCAUAAUCAUGUUAGGAUUAUUUCAAAAAUAUAAUUUUCCUUUUUUUUUUCCAUACACAUUUAAGAUUAACACUACUGGAACUUAGCGAAAUUCCUGUUUGAAAAGCUGUUCAAGAAUUAUUCUGUAAGAAUAUUACAAAAAAAAUUCAAUUCCAAUUGGUUUUUUUUAACUUUGUCGCUUCUGCAUUUUUUAAAAUGAGAAUACUAUUUGAUAUUGGUGAACCAUCUAGUCACUGAGAUAGCUGUAAGAGAUCAUUUUUAAGCACAUGCAGUGUACGGUCUGUUUGACAUCUGCAUAGUGAGACCCACUUCUGGUUUCUGUUCAACAAAAUCUUUGUUUUAGUACAGUCUCUCUGUUCAAAUUUAUCUGUCUGUGUUUAUCUGUCUAGAUUUACCUGUUAAUAUUUAUCUGUCUAGAUUUAUCUGUCCAGGUUCACCUGUUUAGAUUUAUCUACCUGGGUUUACCUGUUUAGAUUGAUCUGUCUAGAUUUAUCUGUUUAGAUUUAUCUGUCUAGAUUUAUCUGUCCAGGUUCACCUGUUUAGAUUUAUCUAUGUGGGUUUACCUGUUAAGAUUUAUCUGUUUAGAUUGAUCUGUCUAGGUUUACCUGUUUAGAUUGAUCUGUCUAGGUUUACCUGUUUAGAUUUACCUGUCUAGAUCUACCUGUUUAGAUUAAUUUGUCUAGGUUUAUCUAUCUGGGUUUACCUGUUAAGAUUUAUCUGUUUAGAUUUUUUUGUCUAGGUUUACCUGUUAAGAUUUAUCUGUCUAGGUUUACCUGUUUCGAUUAAUCUGUCUAGGUUUAUCUAUCUGGGUUUACCUGUUUAGAUUUUUUUGUCUAGGUUUACCUGUUUAGAUUGAUCCGUCCAGGUUCACCUGUUUAGAUUUAUCUGUCUAGAUUUAUCUGUCCAUGUUUACCUGUUUAGAUUUAUCUGUCUAGAUUUAUCUGUCCAGGUUUACCUUUUUAGAUUUAUCUGUCCAGGUUUACCUGUUUAGAUUUAUCUGUCUAGGUUUUUUUCAUUUUUCUUAUAGUGUCUGGUUCAACACCAGACUAUUACUGUGAAGUGAGUUGUGUGAAUGUUUUCUGAUUCUGUGAGUGUUUGGUUCAAUGACAGCAGUUUUUAUGACUGUUUUGUGAAUGAGAGGGCUUGUGUGUGUGUGUGUGUGCGCGCGCGCGCGUGCGGUCAGUAUAGAAGAAUGGAAUUUGAAAUGUUGUGAUGCAUAUAUGGCGGGGUGGUCGGGGUUUUGCAUUAAUUGCAGAUUGAUUUUUUUUCAAACUUUUAUAGAAAUGUGUUCGUGGCUGUGAUACAUAUUUCCAACCGAAAUAGAAGGCAAUAUUUUCCAUGAAUAUUCAUAAAAUCAAUUUUCUGUAUGCAAUAAAGGUAAAAAAUAAGAAUAAAAGAUAAGGAAAAUAAUAAAUGAUAACUGUUUUAUAAGGCAAUAAGAUUAGAUAAGUUGAUAUCAUAACAUUUUUUUCUGGUUGGUUAAUAGGGAAGGAUCAUUUCUCCUACAGAGGAUACAUACAUUUGAUGUGUAUAAGUAAAGGUACUGUCCAAGGUUGUAUGAGAUACAUACCCAGAGAAUAUCUGUGGAGCUGUGAAUUUAGUAUCAGAAAUUCUUGAUACAUCUCGAUACAUAGCCAGAGAAAAUCUAUGUAACUGACUAAACUGUGAAUUUAGUAUCAGAAAUUCUUGAUACAUACCCAGAGAAAAUCUGUCACUGUGAAUUUAGUAUCAGAAAUUCUUGAUACAUACCCAGAGAAAAUCUAUGUAGCUUUAGUAUCGGAUUUCCUUGACAAAUAACGAGAGAAAAUUGAAUUCUCAGCUGGUAUCAAAUAUAAAAGGGACUUGGAUAUCUGAUGAUAUUGACACGGCCUUGCUGUUACAUUGGUAUUGUUAUGACUGGGAAGACUUGUGGGAACAAAUCUUUAACUAUGAAUAAUGAAAUACAAUGUAGUUAUCUUAUUCCUAAUGGUCACCUGAAGUUCAUUUUAUUUUGUUCAUGACUUUCAGUCUGAAGUUAACAUGUCCAUUUUGACCCAAUAGUCUAAACCAAUUCUGGAGGUUCAAGACAUACUCUCAGGUGUCAACUGAAAGCCCUGUUUGUUUUUAAUUCUUAAAUUAUAUUUAAUUUGGUAAAAUGUGAAAGUAAUAAAACAGUAAAAUUUUCUAAA